AUUUCAUUGGUCCUUUCAUUUUAGCCUGGGAAGUUUGAAAUUCGAGCAAACUGUAGAAAAUGUCGGAGCAAAACAUUGACCCAGCUCUGAGCUUACCAAGAACAAAAGAAAACAAUAGAUCAACAUCUUCAGCAAAAGAUACACAUUCUGUUAGCAAGAGAUUGCAGCAAGAGCUGAGGACACUUCUUAUGUCGGGUGAUCCGGGAGUUUCAGCGUUUCCUGAUGGUGACAAUCUCUUUAGAUGGGUAGCUACACUUAUUGGAGCAAAGGGCACGGCAUAUGAAGGAUUAAGUUAUAAACUGUCAUUAGAGUUUCCUAGUGGUUACCCAUACCAGGCCCCUACAGUGAAAUUUGAGACCCCGUGUUGGCACCCAAAUGUAGACCAGUCGGGAAACAUCUGCCUCGAUAUAUUAAAAGAGAAAUGGUCAGCAUUGUAUGAUGUCCGGACUAUACUGCUAUCUCUGCAAAGUCUUCUUGGAGAGCCAAACAAUGAGAGUCCAUUGAAUGCACAGGCAGCUGAACAGUGGAACAAUCAGACAGAAUAUAAGAAAAUCGUUGUGGAAAAAUAUAACAAACAUGCUGCAGCGGCCAACAAAUAAUUUGAUGAUACGCUAUAUUACUGAUUGCUAAAAAAUAACCUCAUGUGAGAUGAAAUGUUGAGACAAUCUGGUGACACAGUGUCAUUAAAAAGAUCAGUCUUCAGGUUAUUCAUUGAUAUACAGUACCAAUGGGUUGAAUGAUAUUUUUCUGUAUUAGACCACACAAGAUUGUUUUUAACUUAACACCUUUUAAUUUGAAAACAUCCUUCUGUUGAAUUUAUAAGUAACAGCUGGAGUCUGGCUUAUGCAAGGGAAAUUUUUAACUGUUAUAUUUGAUUAAUGCAGUAGAAAUUUGGAACUUCUAAAUAUAUAUUUGAAAGUUAUCUGGUGUGCAGGAAAUCUUGAGGUGUGAGGGAUUGGAAUAUAAUUAAUUUUGUGUGUAGGCAUGAAUUAAGGAAGUACAGGAAAUAAUGCCAGUUAUCUGCCCUUGACACCAUAGUCUAUGUUGUACCGGUGCACUUUCAAAUAGAGCAUUUUACCUGUGUGUAAAGUGAAUGAUUUAUUUUCUUUAAAUGGAAAUAUAUUAUCAGUUUGAAAGUUACUUUGUCACAGUAUAUGUAAUACAGAAUUUUGCACAACCCACACCAGUUACAAGGUGUCAUAUUUUUGUGUAUUCUUUGUUUGAACAUGUACACUUCCUCUUUUCUAUUCUUACUAAACUUUCUUGACUAAUAUUCUUUGACUUCCGAUUGCUUAGUUUUCAGUUUGUGCAAUCAUUUAAAAGGGAUACUAGACCCAAAUUUCAUGAAUAUUUACAUGCACUACGUUUUCUUUAGAAUUCUAACACAACCCGAUUUGUUUUCCUAUUCAAGGUACUGACCUUGGCUAAAAAUAAUCUUUCUUUCAAAUUGAAGUUUGGUCAUAUUACGAACAUUAGAAUAUGAGUUUUUGUUUCAUAAUUUAAAUAUUUUAAAAAUUCCAAAAUCAAGAAAAAAAGAUGACCUCAUCGCGAAUGGAACCCCGGACCGCUGCGGCAAUAAAGACAUUACCAAUAGCACUAUAGCAGAAUUAGUGAAUUAUGACAUCAAAAUAUAGAUAUUUAUAAUUAAGACAGCUUACCUGGAGUAAAGCAUUACAAACGCUUUUCGAUUUUCAUCGUAAAAGGUAGUAAAAACAGCAAAUUUUCAUGUGUUUCCGUUACAUAUAGUUUGUCGGUAAUUAAGUUUUAAAGUCUUCUUAAGAAAUAUAGCAUUUCCAGAUAUCUAAAAAUAUUCUAAAAAUUGUCUAACGAUCUAGAGGCCAGUCCCUUUAAAAAAAGAAGGAUGAAAACUGUGUUAUUAUUCAACAAUUCAUUUUUCUGAUGUCAUAAUUAUUAUGUCUUAGCGUUAGAAGGCAUAGCGGCGCGCUGGAAAAGAAAUCAACAGAAAUCAGGCAAAUAUUUGAUAGAUAUCCACAAGGACGUACAUAAUAAUCCUUGAUAACAUGUUUAAACCGAAAUAAUAUAUCUCAGUGAUUUGCACUGUCGUUUAGAUUGCAUAUUAUUAUAUCACUCGGGCUGUGCCUUCAUGAUAUAAUUCCUUCGCAUCUAAACUCCAAACAGUAAUUUUAUUCCAUGACAAAUCACUGUUUGGGAUAUAUUAUUUCUAAAAGGAAAAAAAGUGUUCAUUUCCUUAUAAAAACAUUGGUUCAGUAAUAUAAAGGAUGGCCCAUUAUAGUAUAAGUUUGAAAUUGAAUGAACACAACUAUGUUGUUUUUUUUUCUCUUGGAUUUAAAGAUGUUUUUAUAAAAAAAAAAUUCAGGAACUGUAUUUUUAUUGAAAGGCGAAUUAAAAUGUGGGUAUAUGUUUUUGGCUGUUCCAUUUAGAUGUUCAAACGAUUAUUAUCAUGACAUGUAAAUUUGAUUUUCCGAUACCCAUGGAAAGUAAACUAUUUAUUUUGUACCAAGCUAUAUUAUAUGUGUUUAGAUGGUUUUAACCAUAGCGGGACUUCAUCCAUUUCUAGCACAAUUUACUGAUUUGCAAGAAAUUUCAAUGUGGAUUUUACCAGUCUAAACACACAGAAUUUUGAAGUGUAACACUACAUACAGAAUUGAAUUAUAUAUUUGAUAAAAGUUUAAUACCUCUGAUUUGGAUUUUUCUGCAUUUGAAAUAAAUAGUUAAUUCCAAAGAUAAAAUAUUUUAGUAAAAAAGGAUAUUGGAUAUCUUUAAGACAGCAAAUUUUUAAAUGGAAUUUCGCCUAAAUGUUAAAUGUAUGAACAAAAGAUCUGAAAAUGUCGGCAUUCAUUACUAACACGUUAAUGAUUCAGCAUAUUGAGACAGUGUAACAUCAUAGUCAUUUACAGUAAUGGGUCUUGAUUUUCAGCCUCGUGUUAAAUACUUUCCUUGUGAUCUUGUAAAUUGUCCUUGUAUAUAAACUGCUGUGUCCAGUGUUUUUAAUGUCUUUCAUAACAUUUUAUAAAGUCAGAUACUUUGAUCAAUAUGAAUAGUUUGGCACUUAUGUUCAGCUUUCAAUACUGCACUGUGUCAGGAUUUUGUAUAUUUGCAGAUUUCACAGAAGAAAUGAUCGUAAAUCUGCUUUAAUACCAAAUAAUUUUCAACUUUCACCUUGCAUACAUCAAGUAAAAAAUAUUUUGGCAUGUGUAAAAUGAAGUUGCAUUUUCUCUAAGUGCUUGAAAAUGUAAAUCUGUCCAUACAUUUUGUUCAUAAAAUGAAGACUAGUCAGUUGCAGUUCAAGUGCUAUUGAAAAUAUUUUUUGUUGUUGCCAUUUUAGUGUUUCCUGUAAAAUGGGGUGUGUUAGAUUUUGGGGCUAUUUAAAUUUGACGUUGUAUGAUGUCUUGAAAAUCUUCUGUUGAAUCCUUCAGUACCAGUAAUAAUAUUCUUUUGCCAACAAACAGUGAAGAGGGUUGCAGGAAUAAUUCUGUUCCAAACUGAAAAGUUGUCAUUGCAUUUUAGUGCCAUUCUUCACUUUUCUACUUUUUCAAAUCACCCCUUACUUCUAUUGUCACAUGUUGUUCAUUCUUUUAUCUUUGUGAUUUUGUAUAUAGUCAUAAUUGUAUUGAAACUCCUGUAAAUGUGAUCUGUGUAUUUUAUAUUAUGAUACCAAGCUCAAUAAAUAUUGAACUAUUUUAA